AUGGACGCCACCGAGCUCUCCUUCGGAAUCGUGAUUCUGGUACAGAUCACCACAGGGGUCUCGGUGAAUGUCUUCCUCCUCCUGUUUUACACCCGUGUGGUCUGCACCACCCAUAAGCCCAGCAAUACUGACCUGAUCCUCACCCAACUGGCCUUAGCCAACACCAUCAUCCUCCUCACCAGUGGAAUCCCGGAGGCCAUGUCAGCUUGGGGACAGAGAAAUUUCCUGGACGACGUCGGAUGUAAAAUCCUCAUGUACCUCUGUCGAGUGGGCCGGGGUCUUUCCAUCUGCACCACCUGCCUCCUGAGCGUCUACCAGGCCGUCACCAUCAGCCCCGGCACCUCCCGGUGGGCGGGGACCAAAGCCAAAUUACCCAAGUGCGUCCUCUCCUUGUGUGUCCUCUCCUGGGUCCUUAACAUGUUAGUAGAUUUUAACACACUGAGGUAUGUGACUGGUCCCCAGAACUCCAGCAGUGUUCGAAUGAUAUUGGAUCUCAAAUAUUGCUCAAAAGUCAUUCUCAGUGCAGAAACUACCCUGGUGAUUACAGUUAUGCUGUCCUUAUGGGAACUUUUCUUCGUGGGGCUUAUGUGUUCGGCCAGCGGCUACAUGGUGUUUGUCCUGCACAGACACAACCGGCGGGUCCGCUACCUCCAUGGGCCUGGUCACUCACCCAAAGAGACACCCGAAGUCAAAGCCACCAAGAAAGUCGUGGUCCUGGCCACCCUUUACGUCCUCCUCUACGGGCGUCAGACGGUCAUGCUGAGCGUCUUGUUAAACAUGAAGGAGAAGUCUCCCCUGCUGGUGAACAGUCACAUGGUCUUAUCAUUCACCUUUUCGGCCUUCGGUCCCUUCUUGAUGAUCCACAGCGACAAGAGGAUCAGAACGUUCUGGAAAAGAGAAUCUGAUUUCCACAUGGAUCCCCUGUAG